CAUUAGAGCAAGCAUGUUAAGUUUGUUGAUACUGCUGUUUUUUGGAUUAUAUUUAGUAAAUUUAUCCAACGGUAUUGAUCUUUUGGACUGCGGCACUCCACUACCUGAUCCAAAUCGCCGCGAUGAUACUUCUAACGGCACAGUUUAUUUGUCAACGGUAACAUUUUCAUGUAACGAUGGCUACGAGCUGGUUGGAGAAAACAUAUCAGUCUGUACGGCAUUGUCUAAAUGGCGACCAGAAGUUCCUCAUUGCAAAAUAAAAGACUGUAGACCUCCUCCUGAUUUAGCAUACGGCAUAUGCAUUACUACCAACAAUACGUUCCAAUCUAUUGGACUGUGUUCCUGUACCACUGGAUACCAUUUUACUGGACGAAAUAACAGCAUCGAAUGUCUCGCUAACGGAUCAUGGAGUGGCCCCGAAGGCAGCUGCACUAUAAACAGUUGUCUAGACAUUGCCAAUGGUACAAAUUGGCCAGCCAUCGGGCCACACAUACAACACAUCAAGUAUAUAAAUCCCCUAAACUACUCGCGAGCGGUUGUGCUUUGUGAUACAGGUUAUGGAGGUUUUGUUCUCUCCAGGAACACAUAUUAUCUUAUGUUUGGAAUGGAUUGCAUAGAUGGGUCAUGGAUUUUUGCUUCACCUUGUAGGAAAGUUGAUUGUCCAGACGUUUCAAAAAAUGAUACCUGGGGAACAAUCGGGCAAAAUAUACAGCGCAUCGAAUAUUUGCCAAGUACUUCGUCCAGCGUGAACGCAUAUUGCCAGAAUGGAUAUGAAGCAUUUUCUCAAAAUGGGUCCUAUGAUCAUUUUUCGGUUAAAUGCAAUCGAGGUGUUUGGGUUGCUGACAAAGCGGUAGGCGCGUGUCAAAAAAAAGCAACGACUCCAGCACCCACUACUCCAACGACUCCAGUACCGACUACAACAACGACUCCAGUACCGACUACAACAACGACUCCAGUACCAACUACAACAACGACUCCAGCACCGACUACAACAACGACUCCAACAACGGCUUCAACAACGACUAAGGUACCGACUACAUCAACGACUCCAGUACUGACUACAACAACGACUCCAGUACCGACUACAACAACGACUCCAGUACAAACUACAUCAACGACUCAAGCACCGACUACAACAACGACUCCGUCACCGACUACAACAACGACUGCAUCAACGACUCCAGUACCGACUUCAGCAACGACUCCUGCAACGACUCAAGUACCGACUACAUCAACGACUUCAGUACCGACUACAACAACGACUCCAGCAACGACUCCAGUAUCGACUACAACAAUUACUCCAACAACGACUCCAGUACCGACUACAACAACGACUCCAGUUCCGACUACAACAACGACUUCAGUACCGACUACAACAACGACUUCAGCACCGACUCCAACUCCAACAACGACUCCAAUAACGACUACAACAACGACUCCAACAACGACUCUAGUACCGACUACAACAACGACUUCAGUUCCGACUACAACAACGACUUCAGUACCGACUACAACCACGACUUCAGCACCGACUCCAGAUGCGACUCCAGAAUCGACUCCAGCAACGACUCCAGUACCGACUACAACAAUGACUCCAACAACGACUCCAGUACCGACUACAACAAUGACUCCAGUACCGACUACAACAACGACUCCAGUACCGACUACAACAACGACUACAACAACGACUCCAUCACCGACUACAACAACGACUGCAUCAACGACUCCAGUACCGACUUCAGCAACGACUCCUGCAACGACUCAAGUACCGGCUACAUCAACGACUUCAGUACCGACUACAACAACGACUCAAGCAACGACUCCAGUACCGACUACAACAAUGACUUCAACAACGACUCCAGUACCGAUUUCAACAACGACUCCAGCACCGACUACAACUACGACUCCAGCACCGACUGCAACACCAUCUCCAGCACCGACUCAAGAUGCAACUCCAGCCCCGACUACAUCAACGACUUCAGCACCGACUACAACACCGUCUCCAGCACCGACUCUAGAUGCGACUCAAGCACCGACUACAACACCGUCUCCAGCACCGACUCCAGAUGCGACUCCAGUGCCGACUACAACAACGACUCCAUCACCGACUAAAACACCGUCUACAGCAUCGACUCAAGAUGCGACUCCAACACCGACUACAACAACGACUCCAGCACCGACUCCAGCACCGACUACAACACCGACUCCAGCAACGACUCCAGUACCGACUACAACAAUGACUCCAGCAACGAAUCCAGCACCGACUACAUCAACGACUCCAGUACCGACUACAACAACGACUCCAGUAUCGACCACAACAACGACUCCCGUGUCAACUACAACAAAGACUCCAACAACGACUCCAACAACGACUCCAACAACGGCUUCAACAACGACUCCAGCACCGACUACAACAACGGCUCAAGCACCGACUAUAACACCGUCUCCAGCACCGACUCAAGAUGCGACUCCAACAACGACUACAACAACGACUCCAGCACCGACUCCAACACCGACUACAACAACGACUCCAGCACCGACUCCUGCAACGACUCAAGUACCGACUACAUCAACGACUUCAGUACCGACUACAACAACGACUCCAGCAACGACUCCAGUACCGACUACAACAAUGACUUCAACAACGACUCCAGUACCGACUUCAACAACGACUCCAGCAAUGAAUCCAGUACCGACUACAACAACGACGCCAGCACCGACUCCAACAACGACUCCAGCACCGACUACAACACCGUCUCCAGCACCGACUCAAGAUGCAACUCCAGCCCCGACUACAUCAACGACUUCAGCACCGACUACAACACCGUCUCCAGCACCGCCUCUAGAUGCGACUCAAGCACCGACUACAACACCGUCUCCAGCACCGACUCCAGAUGCGACUCCAGUGCCGACUACAACAACGACUCCAGCACCGACUAAAACACCGUCUCCAGCAUCGACUCAAAAUGCGACUCCAACACCGACUACAACAACGACUCCAGCACCGACUCCAGCACCGACUACAACACCGACUCCAGCAACGACUCCAGUACCGACUACAACAAUGACUCCAGCAACGAAUCCAGCACCGACUACAUCAACGACUCCAGUAUCGACUACAACAACGACUCCAGUAUCGACCACAACAACGACUCCCGUACCAACUACAACAAAGACUCCAACAACGACUCCAACAACGACUCCAACAACGACUCCAACAACGGCUUCAACAACGACUCCAGCACCGACUACAACAACGGCUCAAGCACCGACUAUAACACCGUCUCCAGCACCGACUCAAGAUGCGACUCCAACACCGACUACAACAACGACUCCAGCACCGACUCCAACACCGACUACAACAACGACUCCAGCACCGACUCCAGCACCGACUACAUCACCGACUCCAGCAACGACUCCAGUACCGACUUCAACAACGACUCCAGCCCAGACUCAAGUACCGACUACAACAACUACUCCAGCAACGACUACAUCAACGACUCUAGCACCGACUACAACAACGACUCCAGCAACAACUGCAGCAACGACUGCAUUACCAACAACAACAACGACUCCAGUACCGACUUCAUCAACGACUCCAGCACCGUCUAAAACAACGACUCCAGCAACGACUGCAGCAACGACUCCAGCAACGACUCCAAUAAAAUGCAUAACAGGCAUCACUGUUGACAAUGGAAAUGUAUCAAACAAAAAUGUCAGUGAUCACCUGGACUACGCUCAAGUAACAUGUUCAACUGGAUACAGGAUAAAUGGGACAGACGAUAACAACAACGUUAGCGAGUUAGUUCAAUGCCUGCACACCGGCAACUGGGAAAAACCACGUGGAUGCAUCAAGAAAGAGUGCACAACUGACAUCACCAUCUUAAACGGAAGUGCUGCAUACAACGAUGGCCGUCAAUACCUUGACUUCGCUCACAUUACGUGUUCCCCGGGAUACCGACUUAAUGGGACAGGUGACAACAAUAGCGUUAGCGAGUUAAUUCAAUGUCUGGAAACUGGCAAAUGGGAAAUACCACGUGGAUGCGUUAUGAAAGAGUGUACAACUGACAUCACCAUCUUAAACGGAAGUGCUGCAUACAACGACGGCCGUCAAUACCUUGACUUCGCUCAAAUAACGUGUUACCCGGGAUACAGGCUUAAUGGGACAGGUAACAACAACAACGUGAGCGAGUCAGUUCAAUGUUUGGAAACUGGAAACUGGGGAAUACCACGUGGAUGCGUCAGGAAAGUAUGCGCAAAAGGCGCCACUGUUGAAAACGGAAAUGUCUCAUACAAAGAUGUCAAUGAAUACCUGGACUUCGCCCAAGUAACAUGUUUCACUGGAUAUAAGAUUAAUGGGACAGGUGAUAACAACAACGUAAGCGAGUCACUUCAAUGUUUGCACACCGGCAACUGGCAAACAUCGCAAGGAUGCGUCAAGAAAGAAUGUGCUCUCUCAAUCGAUGUUGAAAAUGGAAGUCCCUCAUAUAACAACGGGGUCGAGUACCUUGACUAUGCUGAAAUCACAUGCUCAAUGGGAUAUAGAAUUGGUGGGAGAGGUGAUAACAACAACGUGAGCGAGAGGUUACAGUGUCUAGAUUCCGGAAGAUGGGAAAUACCAAAAGGAUGCGUUAAGAAAGAAUGCUCAACUGACAUCAUACUUUUAAACGGAAGUGCUGCGUACAAAAACGGCCGUAAAUACCUUGACUACGCUCAAAUUACGUGUUCGCCGGGAUACAGGCUAAAUGGGACAAAUGAUAAUAACAACGUUAGCGAGUUAGUACAAUGUCUGCACACAGGAAGAUGGGAAAAACCUAAGGGAUGCGUUAAGAAAGAAUGUACAACUGACAUCAUAGUUUUAAACGGAAGUGCUGCAUACAACGUUGGCCGUCAAUACCUUGACUUCGCUCAAAUAACGUGUUCGCCUGGAUACAGGCUUAAUGGGACAGGUGACAACAACAACGUUAGCGAGUUAGUACAAUGUCUGCAUACCGGCAACUGGGGAAUACAACAUGGAUGCGUCAACAAAGAAUGUAAUACGGAAAUAACAGUCAUAAACGGAAAUAUCUCAUACAACAAUGGCCGCAAAUACCUUGACUAUGCUAAGAUCACGUGCUUACCGGGAUAUAGGAUUAAUGGGACGGGCGAUAACAACAACGUAAGCGAGUCAGUGAAAUGUCUGAACACUGGAAAAUGGGAAACACCAAUGGGUUGCGUCAAAAAAGAAUGCUCAAACGACAUUUCAUUUGAACACGGUAAUGUUUCAUAUGCAAAUGGCUCCGAAUAUCUUAACUACGCUCAAGCUACGUGUUAUCCUGGCUAUGAAAAAGAAAAUGCAGUAGAUAACAGCACAGAGACCGAAUUAUUGCAAUGUCUACCUACUGGACAUUGGGCGAUCCCGAUGGGAUGCAAAAAGAAAGAUUGUGGUCUACCAGUAAUUAAAACUCAUACAACGGUAGAGGCGCCCGAUACCACUUUCAACGCUUCGGCUGAGUACACAUGUCUUCAUGGGUACAAUACAACCAAUGAGACAGUGAUCAAAUGUAUGUCUAAUGGUCAGUGGAGCGGAGAGGCACCAAUAUGCUCGGAUAUCGACGAGUGCCAAAACAGGAGGAGGCCUUGCCACUAUAACGCUAACUGUACCAACACUGAGGGCAGCUUCAAGUGCGAGUGUCAAACAGGAUACAGGGACCUGGAUGGGGUCGGGGGACAAAAUUGUGUGGACCUGGACGAAUGUGCAUUUGGUGGAGAAUUCUAUUGUAAUCAUGCUUUGAACCAGACACGUGUAUGUGUGAACAUCGACGGCGGCUAUGUGUGUGUGUGCAACAAUGGAUUUACUGGAUCUAGCUGUUACUCAGAUAUAAAUGAAUGUGAUUACAAUACCUCGUGCGGUCCACAUGCGGUCUGUACCAAUGGGUACGGUGGUUAUACAUGCGCAUGCACAGGCGGAUAUCCACAGGGAAAUCCAUAUGUUGGAUGCUUUGUGCCGGUUCUACUGGAGUUCAAAGCAACAGGAGACAGAUACACGAAUAUAGACAACGAGAUAAUCGAGGCUUAUCAAAUAUCAAGAAGACUACCGUACUUCGGAGAAUAUGUGCAUUGGUUCAGGCCAAGUAUGGACGGAUUUAUAUCGCUCGAUUUCCAACCAUUGUACAACCAAUAUGGAGGUGAAAAUGCCAGCGAGUGGAAGACAGCUGUUCAGAACCACAGGGUACUCGCUCCACUAUGGACUAAUAUCGACAGCAGAAAUAUAACAGACGGUGGUAUGUGGAUCCAUGUGUUUACCGACCACCAAAAGGACAACGAAGACAUUCAGAAGAUUCAGGUCCUUAUCCACAUGUACACAAACCAGACCGAGUUCAACGUCAGUGUUGCCUUGGUCGCCACGUGGAAACACGUUACUGUCCACUCGCCUUACGAACCCGGAUAUGAGCUGGUUAAACAUCAGAACUUGUCGAUGCAAUGCAUACUUGUGUCAGACGAGCUGUACACGUACCUCAUGUUCAACUACGACCAAGAACAAUUUAGUAUCAGACCAUUACCGGAAGUUCCUGUUGCUAGUGGUUACACGCAUCUGGAUUACACGGGCACCAUUCUGUCUGACAGGCAGAACUUCACAUACCUAAACCAAGGAACCAAUGUCAUUCAAGGUCCCCAUGGAAGAUGGUUGUACAACGUUACUGUUAUUACUCAGGCCAUGCCGAAUGAAAUCCUGUGCAAAAGAUUUUCCGAAAUGUAUAAGGUUGAGCUCAAAGACUGGAUUUAUGAAAAGUUGGAGUUUGCACUGCCCUGCCCGUGUCAGGAGGUCCUAAUGAUGGAAGACUACACUUUCACCCGCAAUGACUCCCUGCGCCCUGGGUUUGGAAGCCACAUGACAUGCUACGAGUCCUGGUUCUUUAGCGCCUAUGGCAUCAAACAGAAAUGCUGCUACAUGUUCAGCAAACUGCAGACCCAGUACCCGGGCGCAAUAGCGGCAGAGUUUGAUAACCAAACAGUUGCCGAAUUACUCGAGAAGGGUUACAAUCAGUGCUGCUCCCAUGGUGUAAGGCAGAGGUUCUGUAACCUGUACCAGGAGAUCAACCCGCCUGAUGACUGCUCAAGGUACACGAUCAGCGACGAGCUACCGCCUGGGGCAGACAUCAUGCCAGAUGACCGUGGUGUUGAGAAGCAACACAAGGAAGUGGCUGACGAGGGGAUACUGGGUCACUUGGUUAGAAGAGUGCGAAAAAUGGUUGGACUGUAAGCUAUGGAUCACAGUGAUGUGAAAAUUCAUUGAUAAAAAUCCAAAAUUCAAUAUGGCGACAUAGUAAUCGAUAUCGUAGUAAAUGUUAAAUGCUUACAAAAACAAAUAAAAUUUACUGUAUUCA